AUGGCCCUGCAAAGCCAGGUGUGGUCUCCGGCCACACCCAUGCCCAUGGCAGAGAGCUCCCUCUAUCGGCAGCGGCUAGAGGUCAUCGCGGAGAAACGGCGGCUUCAGGAGGAGAUCCGCGCCGCGCACCGGGAGCUGGAGGAGGAGAAACUCCGUGUGGAGCGGCUCAAGAGGAAGUCUCUCCGGGAGCGCUGGCUAAUGGACGGGGCAGCUGAAGAGCCAGAGCAGCCCCAGGACCCCGCCUCACAGGACCCCCAGUCACCUGAGGACCAGGCUCAGGCCCGCAUCCGGAACCUGGAAGGCAGCUUGUUCACACUCCAGUCCCAGCUGCAGCUGUUACAAAGUGCGUCCACGGGUGCCCAGCACAAGCCCACAGGCAGGCCCACCUGGCGCCGACAGGGUCACCGUCCUCUAUCCCAGCCCACCGUGGAGGCAGGUCCUGAAGGCCAGACUGAUCUAAACAAGAGAGCCUCCAUACCAGCCGGACCAGUGGGCACAUACCCAGAGUCCCCCUCUAAGUCCAGAGAUGAGUCUGUCGGGGUUCUACCAGCCCCAAGGAGGGUCCCUGGGGCAGCAGAGGCCUCCUCAGAAGCCAAUGGCCCCUGCCCUGGAUCCAGCCCCCCUCUGGAGCAGGAGCCGAGGCAGGGAGUGGUAGCAUCUGAUGGGGGAGUGAAUGAGGCCAAAGGGGGAGGCACGGUGAAGGUGGUCUGGGAGGGGCUGAGGGCCACGGAGGACUGUAUCACGGUGCCCACAGGCCCGGAGCUGGAGGCUAAGGUGGAGGAGAUGGUCAUGGAGGCCAUCGGGGAGAGGCAGGAAGCCGGACGCCCAGAGCUGCCUUCGUGGGUCAGGGAGGACAGGGAUAUCGUGGAGGUGGUCUGGGAAGGGGUGGGAGGCACAGAGGGCAGCGACUCAGAGGCCAUGGGGGAGGCGGGCAGAGGCCCGGAGGCUGCACAGACCAGCUCACCGAGGCUCCAGGAGGGACCGGGGGGAGGAGCUUCUGGAGAAGGGGAAGGUGCCCCCAGAGGCAGCCCUGAUGGUGACAGGCAGGGGGGCUUUGGAGGAGAGGAGGGGUCCUUCAUUUGGGUGGAGAGAGUGACCCUCAGUGAGGACUGGGAAGAGCUGCUGGUGGAGGGGUUGGAAGGGCCCAAGGCACUGGGAAGGGAGGGAAGGGCUGAGAGUCCACUGGGGGCAGGCGGCAGAGGCGGGGAGGAGACGUGGGAGGCGGAGAGGAGGUGCGCGGAGGAAUCAGCGGGGAAGAGAGGAAGUGAGGGAAAGGCAGGCACGGAGCCAGAAGGAGCAGAGAUGUCCCUGGUGGUGGAGAGGAAAGGAAGCGAGGAAUCCGUGGAGCCGGAGAGGAGAGGAGUUGAGGAAAAGGUGGAGACAGAGAUGGGAGGAGGUGACGAACCACUGUUGGCAGAAAGAAAAGAAGCUGAAGGACCUCCGAGGGCAGAGAGGGGAGGAGGGGAGGAGCCAUUGGGAGCAGAGACAAAAGGAGAGGAGGAAUCACUGAAGGUACAGAGGACGGGCGGUGAGCAGCCGUCGGAGGCAGAGACAAAAGGAGAGGAGGAAUCACUGAAGGCAGAGAGAAUGGCAGGUGAAAAGCCACUGCAGACAGAGAAGACUCAAGGGGUCAAGGAAGACCUGAGUCCAGAAGAGCAGAGCGAGUCAGGAGGAGGAAAGGAAUGUCAGGCAGAGGAAGUGAGUGAGGAAGUGGCUCCCCUGGGGGCCAAGGAGGCGCCAAGGCCGGAGGAAGAAGGACAGCAGCCCCAGGAGAAGCAGGAAGGCUCCCCAGAAGCAGAAGCAGUGAAGCCCCAAACCUCUGAUGAGGGCCAGGACCCCUCUGGGGAUGCCAUCCCCCUCCUGGCAGAGACCCCAGCUCAGGAGCAGCCUGCUGAGUGCCAGCCACUGCUUCAGGUGGAGGAGCCCCGGGCCAAUCCCAGUGCCCACACCGUGCCCACCUAUGCGCCUGCCCGACAGCCGGAGCCACCUGCCCCUCCUGAGGGCGAAGAGGCGAGUGGCUCUAAGCAGAAGACGUGCCAGUGUUGUGCGGUUAUGUGA